CAUUGAUGGACGGGAACAGCGGCCAGUGGCGAGGCGCUUGCCGCACUUCCCGUCGGGGAGAGAGUGUAAUAUGGCGAAGACCUACGAUUACCUGUUCAAGCUUCUGCUGAUCGGGGACUCGGGGGUGGGGAAGACCUGUGUCCUGUUCCGCUUCUCCGAGGACGCCUUCAACUCCACUUUCAUCUCCACCAUAGGAAUUGACUUUAAAAUUAGGACCAUAGAGCUCGAUGGCAAGAGAAUUAAACUACAGAUAUGGGACACAGCUGGCCAGGAACGGUUUCGGACGAUCACAACAGCUUACUAUAGGGGCGCAAUGGGCAUCAUGCUGGUCUACGACAUCACCAACGAGAAGUCCUUUGACAACAUCCGGAACUGGAUUCGGAACAUUGAGGAGCAUGCCUCUGCAGAUGUUGAAAAGAUGAUACUUGGAAACAAGUGUGAUGUGAACGACAAGAGACAAGUCUCCAAGGAACGGGGAGAGAAGCUGGCCCUGGACUAUGGAAUCAAGUUCAUGGAGACCAGUGCAAAGGCCAACAUCAAUGUGGAGAACGCAUUUUUCACUCUCGCCAGAGACAUCAAAGCAAAAAUGGACAAAAAAUUGGAAGGCAACAGCCCCCAAGGGAGCAACCAGGGAGUCAAAAUCACACCGGACCAGCAGAAAAAGACCAGCUUUUUUCGAUGUGUUCUUCUGUGAGGAACGCCGCCUUACUCUGAGCCUUGUUCAGCCGAGCUGACUGUGCCUGUCCUGAGUGAGCCCCUCACUCAGCUGGGGCCCCCCCUCCAAUGCCCCUGCCACGGCCACCGGGCCCAGGGCCACCAGAACACAAUUGAGAAAUUGUUUAUUUUAGUAACUCUGAUCUUUUUCAACUUUGGAGAUGGAAUAAGUUAAGAAUUUGCUAUUUUCCCUGUGAUGUCCACCGAACUGGCCCAUGCAUCGUGUAUCUGGAGAGAAAGAUGGACAUGACAUGACCAGCAACCUUGACCAAUAUGGUGGGCCUCCAUCUCUGGGGCCACGAAAAUUCCACUGCGAAGCCAGUCUGCGUCUCCUCGCGCAGAAGCAAGGCUCCCAAAGCCAGCGAUGGUUCCAGGAGUGCUGAGCUUCCCCCCGCAGGGCGGUGACCCAUCAGGCCCAGGAGGCAUCGCCGACACGUCUGACUCCCACGGUCACCUUUUCUCUCAGUUUUGGACAAGUGACAAAAACCGUUAUGUUUCUUUUUCUCCCCUCCCUCUUCUUUUUGACUCUCAAACCAAAGGGAAGCACAAAUUAAGGAAAUCCUGUGUAAGCGUUCGGAAGGAAGGAGGGGGGAGGGGCCUCGCCUGUCCACAGCCAGGUUUUGGCCUGUAAUCCAGUCAGGCCUCGGGCAUGGUCAGUGGGCCUCGGCAGUCCCUGUCUGAUCACCGAGGGGACACCAUGCAUCCUACGGGUGACCCCAAAAAUGCAACCACACACUGAUCACCCGCAAUUAAGGCGUUGGCCUCUCGGCCCCCAGACAGCCCCCACUCCCACAGUCUCUGAAUCGGAUGUUCUUUCCAGCUGAGAUUUUUAUUUUUCCAGAUCUGUAGUGCCAUCAAGUGAUUCCAUCUUUGAUUUCCAGCGGCAGACCCAGGUGACCAGGGACACGCAUGCAUCUGUGAUUGGAUGUGGCCGAGAGCAUGCAGCGUCCCAGGCAACAGACUGGCCACAGAGCUUUCGGGGAUGGUUUUUAACUGCUGUCAUUGGUUCUGUUUUGACAGCUCUGCCUUCCCAUAGAGGGUGCAUUUGAGACCAGGUCACCAGGUCCGAGGGGUGUCACGAGGGAGCCUUUAUAUUUCUUUUUCUUACACUUCACCCCAAGCUGCUGUCUACCCAAGCCACUGGCGUCGAAAUGUCUUUUUUGAAUUAAAACCAAUGUACCAGCCAUAGUCUGUUCCUGGAAUCUCUUAACAUGCUGUUUACAUCAAUAAACACACUUAAGGGAAACAAGUUAAAGCUCA